GCGUCUUUCUCUCAUGCGGCAAAGCAGCUAUAGGAAAUCUCUUGUAGAGGAGGGUUUUCAACUGUGACUCAAUUUACAGUUCCUCGCGAUCGUCUCAUUUUCAAUCAUGGACAGCUUUUGUCUUCGGUAGAACCAGCAGUCGUGUUCCAGUUGAAUACAAAGGAUUUUUUCUCUUCCUCUUCCCAGUAUCUUGCUAAUGCCUCGGGUCCUGCGACUCGCUGGAAGCCUGCUCGGUAACAACACCCCCUCCGAUCAAAUCGUCUAUAAAGGUAUUGUGGUUGUUCAGAAGCCCAGUUCACUGAGUGUCACCGAUGUUGGAGCUUCCAUGGUGGCUAAUGCUGCAAAUUUUCUUGGAAUGGGUAUUACUCUACAGCUCAUCAGCAGCACUGCAAUUGACUCGAGUACGAACACGGGGAAGCUCAGCAAGCCAGCGGCCUUGGAGAAGUGGCUGCUCUCUCCUGCUGUCUUGUUUGGAACGGAUGAAGUUAAAUAUUCCGUCAAAUUCACGGUGGAUGCCGACUUUGGCUUGCCUGGCGCAUUCAGCAUAAAUAAUGGCCAUCUGAACGAGUUCUUCCUCGUCUCCCUCACGGUUGAGCUACCAGGCGGUGGUAAACACGUUGAAUUCCCUUGCCAUUCCUGGGUGUUCAACUCCAGAGCAUACAAGACCCAACGCAUCUUCUUUAGCAACGAGUUUUAUCUUCCAGCAGACACACCGAAAGGCCUAAUCACUGCCCGAUACAACGACCUGAUAGCUUUGCGAGGUGAUGGAAGCGGUACUAGAAAAGCCUGUGACCGCAUUUACGACUACGACGUCUACAAUGACCUGGGCAAUCCCCUCCUGAAUGCUGCAAAGAGACCUGUGAUGGGAGGAUCAAAAGAAUAUCCUUAUCCACGAAGAUGCAGGACUGGCAGAACCAUUUUCAUUGGAGCUGAAACGUCUGGCCUAAAUUUACUGGCUGACUACUAUAUACCAAGUGAUGAGAGGUUCAGCUCAGUCAAGGCGACUUCUUUCUUGGCCGAUGGUCUCAAAUCACUAACUCAUGGGGUGCUUCCAAUUCUAAAAACUGUGACUGGUUUUAAGCAGACCUUCCGCUCCUUUAAGGAGGUAAAAGGUUUGUACGACCAGGGAUUAGAUCUGUCAAAAAUAGUCACUGCUCCAAUCAAUGGCAUCAAAACCCCAUUUCAGCUCUUCAACCAGCUUAAUGCCGACACUGGAAACACAAGCUUCAUGAAGUUUCCGGUUCCACAAGUUUUCAAAGCUGAUGAAAAAGGGUGGAUGUUGGACUCUGAAUUUGCUAGGGAAAUGCUUAGUGGAUUGAAUCCCAUGGUCAUAGAAGCUCUGACAGAAUUCCCACCAACGAGCACACUGGACUCUGCUAAAUACGGACCACAGAAGUCAGCUAUUACCGAAAAACAUAUAGUGAAUUUCCUAGAGGGACUGACUGUUCAAAAGGCAUUGGAUAAAAAAAAGCUGUUCAUCGUCAACUAUUACGACUCUUAUAUGCCAUACCUCGACAAAAUCAACUCACGGCAAAAAAUCUAUGCUUAUGCUUCCAGAACACUGCUAUACUUGAAAUCCGACGGAACUCUCCAGCCAGUAGCCAUUGAGCUAAGCACACCAUACUCCCAAAGGGUGUUUGUUCCACCAGCAGCUGGACAGAUCGACUGGCUCUGGGAGCUUGCGAAAGCACAUGCUGCAGCGAACGACGCAGGAUAUCAUCAGCUUGUAAGCCACUGGUUGAGAACUCACGCAUGUGUGGAACCAUUCAUCAUUGCGACCAACCGGCAGCUGAGUAAACUCCAUCCCCUGAACACAUUCCUGCAACCACAUUUCAAGAACACAAUGGCGAUUAACGCCAAAGCCCGUAAGUCACUCAUCAGUGCGAAAGGCAUCAUUGAGAGAACAUUCUCAUUGAGACGCUACUCAGUCGAAAUGAGUUCCUUGGCGUACAAAGGCUGGAGAUUUGACCAAGAAGGCUUACCAGCAGACCUCCUUAAAAGGGGCAUGGCUGUGCCUGAUGCAACCUCUAAAGGUGGAGUCAAGCUAAUCGUUGAGGACUAUCCAUAUGCAGUCGACGGACUGGAAAUCUGGACGGCGAUUGAGAAGUGGGUCACAGACUACCUCGAAAUUUACUACAAGAACGAUGCAUCAGUGACGAGCGAUCCAGAACUUCAAGCAUGGUGGAGCGAGCUCAUCAACAAGGGACAUGCUGAUAAGAAGGAUGAGAAAUGGUGGAUCAAACUGGACAGCAAGAAGAGUCUGACAUCAGUACUCACCACACUGAUCUGGAUCGCAUCUGCUCACCAUGCAGCAGUCAACUUUGGGCAAUACGCAUAUGCCGGCUACAUGCCCAACCGUCCCACAACGACACACCGACCCAUCCCAGAGAAAGAUUCUGACGAACACAAGAAGCUGCUCGCGGAUCCCGAAAGGUUCUUCCUGUCAUGCGUAUCGAGCAAGAUGGAAGCGAUCUUAUGCUUGCUCACAGUCGAGAUUCUAUCCAGCCACUCAGCGGAAGAAGAGUAUCUCGGGCAGCGUGCCGUGGAGAACUGGACCGCGAACGCCAAUGUGAAGGCCGCAUUUGUGGCAUUCGGCGAAGAGCUGAGGAAGGUGGAGCGAUCAAUCAUCAACAGGAACAAUGAUCCAGCACUGAAGAACAGAGUGGGAGCUGUGAACGUGCCCUACACGCUCCUGUAUCCUUCCUCUGCGAACGGAAUUACAGGCAAGGGAAUACCCAACAGCAUCUCCAUUUGAAGAACCGUAUACCCUUCCUUUAAUUUCCUGAGCAGUUCCUUUCAUCUUCAUGCUCUAAGGUACCUCACAUGGAUAUUACAACAGGUACAACAAGAGUAAGUUUUUCUUUUCUUUUGAUUCUAGUAAAAUAUCCAAGUAUGUUGGUUGUGAUUUUAGGGUUUAAUGGCAAGUCAGAAACCUUCCACGUU